UGCUGAAGGGCAAGACCUUGUCGCACCCAUGGGCACUGGGGUAGAACCCCAAGAAGCUUGCAUCUCUUCUCUGCACCCCCAGCAUCAAGCCCCCAGGCUGGUUGGGAAGGGACCAGCCUCUCCUCGUGCUGGGCCAGGAGCUGAGCCGCCCUCCAAAAUGUGUCUGUCCUCCUGCCACAGAGAUGAAGCAGGGAUGACCUCUGCCGAUGGAGGCUGGAUGCGUCGCCCCUGGAAUCCGGACCCUGGGCCGCCCGUGCAUGCUCUGCCCCUCCUGCUCACCGUGUUUGUCUGGCUGGCCACUGGCACCACCAUGUCCAGCCUCAACAAGUGGAUCUUCACCAUCCACAACUUCCGGUAUCCCGUGCUGCUGUCAUCCUUGCACAUGCUCACGGCCGUGCUGGUGGGCUACCCGCUGGCCAGGCUGCGGGCACAUGGGGACGGGGGCACGGCCCUGGGCGCCAGAACUAAGGCCAGAGUCUAUCUUCUGAGCUUGACCUUCUGCACCAGCGUAGCCUUCGGAAACCUGGGCCUCAACUACGUGCAGCUGGACUUUGCCCAGAUGGUGUACACCACCACGCCCCUCUUCACCCUGGUCCUAUCCAAGGUGCUGCUGGGUCAGCGCCACCACCUGCUGCAGUACGCUGCCAUGGGGCCCAUCUGCUUGGGCGCCUCCUUCAGCAUCAUCGGGGAGGUGCACUUCGACCAGGCCGGCUGCUGCUUCCUCUUCGCUGCUACCUUCCUCCGCGGAUUAAAGUCCUUACAGCAAAGUACCCUGCUGCAGGACAAGAGGCUGGACUCGGUCACCUUGCUCUGCCUGACGUCCCUGCCCAGCUUCUGCAUUCUCUUCACAGCGGCUGUGGUGCUGGAGGUGGGGGCAGCCUGGGAGGGCAUGCUGCACUACGGCAGCGCUCUCUGGGCCUGUGUCCUGCUCAGCUGCCUGGGCUCCGUCCUCUACAACCUGGCCAGCUUCUGCGUCAUCUCGCUGACCUCCGCCCUCACCAUCCACAUCCUGGGCAACUUCAAUGUGGUGGGAAACCUGGUGCUGUCGCACCUCCUCUUCGGCAGCCACUUGAGCGGGCUCAGCUACGCGGGCAUCGGCCUCACCCUCUCGGGGAUGUUCCUGUACCACAACUGCGACCUCAUUGCCAGCUACUGGGACUCCAGGCUGGCUCUGGGCCAGGGCCAGGCGAAGCCAGAAUGAGUCCUGUGCUGGGGCAAAGUGCAACCCUUGGACUGUACAGACUGCAGUGCUCUGUGUGAGCGUGUGUGCAUGUGUGCAAACAUGUGAUCCCAGUUAUACGCACACACACGUGAACACACUCUCUCCACAGCCUUUAACACAGCCCAGCUGGACUCUGGUCACCCAGCAUCGCCGCAGCAGUCACGUCUGGCACCAUUGUGGUGAAGAGGCCUGUUGUGGUGUUGCACUUGGGGCGCCGAUGCCAACGGCUGAGCCCUGGCCGGGGCCAGGAGCACAAAACUCAAGCAAUGAGUUGCCCUCAAUA